CAUCGUGGACUUCAAAUAUUCAAUGCACAUCAAGCAGAUAUGGCAGGUGCAUCAGAAAAUGAAGACUACAGAGAGAAAGUCAUUGGAGGGGUUCUAGAUUUAUCCUCUGAAGAUCUUGUUACUCUACCCCCUCAGAUUGUAAAUGGAAUUGGUCCAGAUAUCACUAAAUUGCAGUUGGAUUUUAAUGAUAUUAAAGAGUUGCCAUUAUCUUUUGGGGAGGUUUGUGUGAAUCUCCAGGUGCUCUCAUUGGUUGGUAACCAACUGAAAGAGUUUCCUCAAAGUGUGGGGAGUCUGUCUCAGUUAAAAGAGUUAAAUGUGAAUGAAAAUGAACUUAGGAAUCUCCCAGACUCAGUGUGCAAAUUGUGUAACUUAGAAGUUUUGAAAUUGACAGGCAACCAACUUCAAAUGCUACCCAAUGACCUAGGUGAAAUUCGUAGCCUAAAAGCAUUUUACUGUGAUGAAAAUAAAUUAACAAAACUGCCGUUGACUUUGGGGUUGUUCACAAAUCUUGAGAUUUUGGAGCUGAGUGAUAACUCCCUUGUUGUUAUUCAAGAAGGCAUUGGUCAGUUAAGAUCUCUAAAGAUAUUCAAUGUAUCAAACAACAAACUGGAAAAAAUUCACAAUAGUUUAGGAGAUCUUGAAAAUCUUGAGAUUGUGGAUCUUUCGAGAAAUCAUUUGGAGAGUUUACCAGAUCAUUUUCAUUCUGUGAAAUGUGUUCAGAAAUUUUAUGCUGAUCGGAAUCGACUGGCAGACAUUCCACUAUGGGUGGCGGACAUGAGCGAGGCUUUGGAAAUCUCUCUGAGCGACAACCAGUUUUCAAAAUGUGCCAUAAAUGAGAAAAUGGGAUGUACCUGUACUAAAUUAACUUUGUUAGACAUUGGAGGAAACUUCAUGGAUCAGUUACCAGACACUUUUGGAAGCAUGAAGAACCUAGAGACACUGCGACUUGGAAGUUGUAUUGGUGAACUAGAAAGGAGAGCUUUUCAAAAUGGCAACUGGUUGACUUAUCUUCCAAAGAGUUUUUGUGAAUUGACUAGACUAACCAUUCUAUAUUUGGAUGAAAACUUGCUCCAAGAAUUGCCUGAUGAUUUUGGAAAUCUUAUAAACCUGGAAUUUAUUGAUUUGGGUCAGAAUGCAUUGCAUGAGCUGCCUGAAUCCUUCUGUAAGCUGAAGUCCUUGAAAGUUUGCCAACUAUCAAAGAACAAAAUUCAGAUUUUGCCUUCAGCAUUUGGAGACCUUUCUGCACUAGAGGAUCUUCAUCUUGAUAACAACUUGCUUGAGGAACUCCCAGAGUCUUUGAACAAAUUGACAGGUCUUAAGUCAUUGGAUUUGUUCAACAACAAGUUAACAGAAAUUCCGGAGGCUUUAGGUUACUUCAAACAAUUGGUGCGACUAGAUUUAUCAGAGAAUUGCUUCAACAUUCCCUGGUAUGAUGUGCCACAGAUUGUCAGACAAUCCCACUACCCGCCACGUAAUCCAGAACUGAAAAAUAACUGGCGUGGUCGAGCCCGACAAGAUUUGUCCAUGAUGGAGGACAAAAUCAUCAAGAUGGAUGUCGCAACUGAAGAGCUGGACUUUGAACCCCCACCUAAGGACCUUGGAUUCAGUGAAAAUCUCCUGCGUGAUGCCGUGGAACAUGGAAUGUCCUUCUGGAGAUCUCAUGAAGGGAAGGGAAGAAGACAGAAGUUUGUACGCAGGGAUGAUUUUAACUUCCUCCAAGUCAGAAAAAGGAGAUACUCCCAAGAAGAAGAAGAAGAUGAAGAAGAUGAUGAUACUGAAGAUGAAGAAGAUGACUUUGAGCCUCCCAUAUUUCACCCAAAAGGAAAUAUAUGCAGUCCAGUAUCCAAUAUGAUGGAUGAGGGAUAUAAAGCUGUAACCGAGGCAACAGAAGCAGAAGAGAACUGGGAUGAUGAGCUGGAAGACGUGGACAAUCCUUUUGAUGUUCAAUAUGAUGACAAUUACUUCAACAACAUCUACCAGCACCCCAGACCAAAGACACUGGCAGAGGCAGGUUAUACUGUAGAUGACCAUUUGUGCCUUCCCUAUGAUAUGCAUGUUCAACCAGUGGCUAAAGAUAGGACAGAGCAUCAGGUGGAGGCUGGUCAAUUUGAUGAUGACUCGGAGGAAGAUGUCACAUGACCCAGGAAGGAGGUUACAUGACUCAGGGAAGAUGUCACAUGACUGGGAAGAUGUCACAUGAUGUAGAUGCCAUAAUAAUUUCAGGGGAGCUUAGAGUGGUUACUCCUGACAACUGCAUUAAAGAGCAGCAACCAGCUAAGGAUUUUUCUCAAAGCUCAUAAAUGCUGAGAAGUGAAUAUUAUUAUAGUGUAAUAUGGCCCAAGGAAACAGAAUACAUGGUUUAUUAUCCACUCAUAAGCAGUAAUGUGGGCUGCUGCCCUUUGAGAUUUGAAUUAUGAGGGAAAGUCAGUUUGUCUUUGGUGGCUUCUUUUAAUAGGGUUUUUUGCUUAAGGUACCAGAGUAUCUAAAGGAGAAAUUAUAUUUUUUAUUAAUUUGCAUUCAAGGUAAAUAAUCAUUGUAAUUGAAGAAGUUAAGCAUGUUUGAUCAAAGUAGGCUUAAACCACUGUGAAAAUUUUUAGUAAAUCAUUUUUUUUUUGAGAGAGAGAAAUUAUAAGCAUCUUUAAAGAAUGUUAUUCAUUGCUAUGUUAUCUUUCAUUAUAUUUAUAUAAAUGGCAUUAUAUUGAUAAUAUGGUUAUGCUCCAUUUAUUUGAUUAUGUAUUGCAUAAUAUUCUUUAACAUCUUCUAAAUAUGCUACCACUUGAUGUUCAUGUUAUUUGCUCACCAAUAUCCUUGACGCUGUACUUCUAAGCACUGCACUGUAAAUCUGUUGCUGUUUACACACAUGUGUCUUUUCAGAAGCAUGCAUUUUUCUUACUGGUACUCAUUUUUCAUGAACUUGAAAAUUUAAGAAUUUUAAUUUCUCUGUUAUAUCUUUAUUUUAUGGUCAUGCAAAUUUGGAUCAAUAGCUGCCCCCCCCCCCCCCCCAAAAAAAAAAUCAACCCUUUCUUAAAUAACAUUUUUUGGAACAUGUUCCAAUUGAAUUGAAGGGAAAAAAUAUAGAUGUAAUUAUUCUGUUAGCUAAAAGUAUAUUUUUUUUAAUGGUAAUGGUGAAUUAUUAAAAUGAAAUGUGUGGGCAUAUUUUCCUAUGGAGAUUUAAUUAAUAUAUGAAGCUUGAUUUAUUUGUAAUCUGCUGGAAAACAAGCACAUUACUUUUUUAAUGGAUCUUGUAUGAGAUGAAUAUGCUGUAAUUUACAUUAUGUUGUAAUUUAUUUGAUUUAAUCAAUUGAUUUUUAUGAUUUGAAAAAAUCAUUAAAAUGAUGUUAAAUAUUUUUUUCCCUCCUUGUUUACAUGACUUGCAUUGUAUCA